CUUUACCCUAGGUUUGCCCAAUUUGCCUGUUACGCCGCCUUCGAAAAAAAAAAACACAAAAAAGAAAUUGCUCUCUAGUCUUUACUGCGCCAUAAUGGCGACAUCAAGAAACAAAUCCAACGGGUCUUCUCUCUGCACGUGUCGCCGGCCACCGGCGUUGAUUUCGUCGCCGUCGUCAUCUUCUUCCUCUUUUGCUUCGACGGCCUCCAGCUUCACAACUCGAUCUUCCGCCUCUUCUGCCACCGCGAACUUAUUCACACGUGCCACAUCCCCUACACGUGUAAAUAUGUACAGUCACCACCAUCGCCAGAACACCAAUCAAUCGACGCCGUCCUUGCGAUUCUCAAUCGAUCGUCCAAUCUCCCCCAACCGUUCGUUAUCCAUGAAAAGGAACGCGUCCAAUGGCAAUGCAGUGUCGAAUCAGAAAAGAACGUGUGCGUGUUCACCUACGACGCAUCCAGGCUCUUUCCGGUGCGCCUUCCACAGGGCAUUGAUGAGAAACAAUGGCUAUAGUACACAAUCGGCGUCGUAUCACUCCAGUAGCAGACUGAACUUCCGGCGGUCGGCGAUGACUAAUUCGCUGGUGAGGAUCGGAGGUGUGGAAGGAGAGCUGGUAAAGAGAGCAUUGUCGGCUCUUAUUCGGCCUUCUUCGCAUCAGCUUCGGCGUCGGGCCGAUUUCCAGCCGAGACCUAGCCGGCUCUCCGUCAUGUCCAAAGCCAGCGAUUCAUGAAUUCUUUUGAUUUUGCAGCGGUUUUUGUUUAAAUCGGUGUGUUGACUCAGUUGCUUACACAUAAUUUUUCUUUUUUAUAUCGUGAUUUUAUAGAUCGAUAACAGUAGUAGACGAGGCAAUAUUUGUAAAGAUCGGGAAAGAUCGGGAGAUGAUUGAUUUGAUUGUAAUUAAAAUUUUGUUGAGGGACUAUUAGAAUUUUGUUAUUAAAUCUUUAGAACAUUUCUUCUCGUUAGUGAAUCCAACACUCUGACCAUUUCGAA